AGGAAGGAGCGAGCAGCAGGCUAACGCUAGCACGCUAGCUGGGCUACGAGUUGAGAGCGACCAAAACAAACGAUGACGGCCGAGCAACUGAUCCGAAAAGGGGCUUGGAUUUAGCGUGGCAGCGCCUCUGCGUUGGUGGUAGGAGUGGAGCUCCGUGAAUUGCAGACAGGCGUGUUUCUACAUGACUGUCUUGCAGACAUUAUGAGAUAUUGAGAGAGAGAUGUCGCGAGCUGUAACUGUAUGUGGGAUCGGUGUGGUCCCCGUGUCUAACCCGCAGCUUUGCUAGCUAGCUCGGCGGUAGCUCGCUGCCAACACUGUUAUUCUGGUACACAACGUCUCAAAUAUCGAAGUAUUUCUUCGCACCGGUUGAUAGUAUCGUUCACAACAAAAAGCACCGUCGACAUAACGUGACUGUGCGCUGCGUGGUAACGCCAAAAAAUUCCCUGCAAGACCCGUCUGUCAAUUUCCCAAGCUCGGUGGUUGCUCGCUAGCUCAGCAGGCGAGAUGAGUUGGUUCAACGCGUCUCACCUGUCCAGCUUCGCCAAACAAGCAUUGACGUCAGCUCAGAAGUCGAUCGAUCGUGUGCUGGACAUCCAGGAAGGGGACCAAUGGGGUGACGCAACUGUAAUGCCUUACGAUGAUGUUACGUUGCCUGGAAAGCUGUCCUUGAGUGGAGGAUGGGGGAUGACUCAGUGGGAAGCGCCCCCUGAGGAAAAGACCACCACUCCCCCUCCCUCGUCUGAGGCCAUCACUACGCCCGUCACCCGCACCGUCGUGGAUGAAUCGGAGAACUUUUUCAGUGCCUUUCUGCCACCCGUAGAUGGACAAGGCGUCACCCAAAGCCAGGUGGUGUCGGUUGCCCCUGCUAAGUCCCAGCGGCGGCCUCAGGAGAAGGACGAGCGAAAGACAGAGGCUUCGACCAAGAGAGACGUGGAGACUCAGAUAUCAGUGCCCGCUGAUGAGAGUCAUGAGAAUCAAUCGGUUGCCGAGAGCAAGCCGGUGGAGUCCGAGUCCUUACCAGAAGCACCUUAUGCAGACACUAUCCUCCUACAGCCAGUUUCUCCCGUUUCUUCUUCCAGCGAUCUUCCUUGUAGCACUGACAGCAACACGGGCAGUGAAACUACAAGUGUUGGCUCAGCAGAUUCUUUAGAUCCUAAACCUGAGCCCGCACAGACUCCAUUAGAACACGAGGUUGAGCAGGAUACGACUGACUCCUCCGAACCCUCUGCCGUCACUUCUGAACUGAAGAGCUCUUCGCCCCCUGAACCUUCGCCCCCGUCAUCUCCCAAGGAAGUUCUCCUCGAGCAUAAAGACUCAAAGGCAGAGGACCGUCAAAAUGAUACCCCCUCCCCUCCAGUAAGUGCUUUCUCCUCAGGAACCUCUACCACCAGUGACAUUGAAGUGCUCGACCAUGAGAGUGUGUUGAGUGAGAGCUCCGCCAGCUCCAGACAAGAAACGGGUGAGGGUAAGGCUGGCCUCCACCUGAUGCAGGGCUCUUUCCAGCUUCUCACUGCCUCCACCUGUGGAGAUUUCUCCCGACUGGAGGACUACCCCAAACUCACGGAGAGCUGCGGUUCGUCCUCGGAUGCAUUUGAACGCAUCGACUCAUUCAGCGUGCAGUCGCUGGACAGCCGGAGUGUCAGUGAGGUUAACUCGGACGACGAGACACCCGGCAGUCGGACACUAGCGUCUGUCACUGCAGGUCCUGCUCCUCUGACAGUGUCAUCAGCCAUGUGCCAGAAGCAGGAAGAUGGCGUGGCGGAGACGGUGGGAGAGGACGGAGACGAGGAGGGGUUCACUGAAACGAUGAGGGAGCAGUCGCUGGACGAGAUGGAGGAGAGUGGACGGAGUGCAACGCCUGUGAAUAGUGAGCAGCCUGAAGAGUUGGCAGAGCAGGAAUGUGAGGCUAAUGUCACGCUGUCUGAUCUCCCCUCCAACACUGAGAACCCGAUCACACCACCAAUCACAGCGGAGAUGAAAAGUGUCUCGACAGUUCAGAUAUUGGAGUUUCAAAAGGUCAUUGAUGAGCUCUCGGGCCGCCUUGAGAAGAGAGAGUCUCAGCUGCUGGCAGUCAGCAAAGACAAAGCCAAGCUGGAGGAGGAGUGUGACAAUCUCAAAGAUGAAGUGAUAAGUCUCAAGGAGGAAAGCUCCACUGUGCAGUCCCUGAAGGAGGAGUUCACCCAGCGCAUAGCAGACACCGAGAGGAAGGCUCAGCUGGCCUGCAAAGAGAGAGAUAUAGCCAAGAAGGAGAUAAAGGGCUUGCGAGAAGAGCUUUCUACGAGGCUGAACUCAAGUGAUACAUUGGAGAUCAUCAGAGAGAAGGAGGAACAGAUCAGAGGUCUGCUGGAAGAGGGUGAAAAGUUGUCCAAGCAGCAGCUGCAGCACAGCAACAUCAUCAAGAAGCUGCGUGUGAAGGAGAGGGAGAGCGACACGAAGAUCACCAGGCACCAGAAGAAGAUCAAGGAGCAGGAGGAAGAGCUCAGGCAGCUCCAGCAGAUUCUAGAUGGGAAGGAGGAGCUGGAGAAACAGCACAGGGAAAACAUCAAGAAGCUGAACGGUGUGGUGGAGCGGCAGGAGAAGGAGCUGAGCCGGCUGCAGUCGGACUCUGACGAGCUGCAGGAGAAAAACAGAAGCCUACAGGCCGCUCUGGACAGCGCUUAUAAGGAGCUUGCAGAACUCCACAAGGCGAACGCCAGCAGAGCCAGCGUGGCUGAAGAAGCAGCGCUGAGCAGGGACACGCAUGCAAAGGAGCAACUAGGCCUGGCUCUCGAGAAAGCUCAGGAGGAGGCCAGGAUGCAACAGGAGGCCCUGGCCAACCAGGUGGCUGACCUGAGAAUGGCUCUGCAGAGGGCUGAGCAGCAGCAGGCAAGGAAAGAAGAUUAUUUGAGGGAGGAGAUCAGUGAGCUUCAACAGAGGCUUCAGGAGGCCGAGACUAGGAACCAGGAGCUCAGUCAGAGUGUCACCUCGGCAACACGGCCCCUUCUGCGACAGAUUGAGAAUUUACAGGCCUCAUUGUGUGGACAGACCACAUCGUGGGAAAAAUUGGAGAAGAGCAUUUCUGAUAGGCUUGCUGACGCUCAGACACAGCUGGCUGUUGCCGUGGAGAAGGAGCGCUCAGCAACGGAGGAACUGCUGUCCAUCAAGUCCCAGCUGGUCUCGCUGGAGUCCCAGAAUUCCUUGCUCCGCCAGGAGAAAGCCCGCUUCCUGGCACAGCUGGACGCUGAGAAGCACAAGAGAGAGAAACUGGAGGAUGAGAGCAGCAGGGAGCGUGUUGACUUUGAAAAUCUGCGGGGGGAACACAGUCGAAUGCAAGAAGAGGCCAAGAAGGAAAAGCUGCUGCUGACCAAUCAGCUCGAAAUGGAGAAGAUAAAGGUGGAGCAAGAGAAGAAGAAAUGCUACUUGGCACAAGAGGCACUCAAGGAAAAGGAGCGGAAGGUUAUGACCUACUCUGUCGGAGAGGCCCCUGCAUCUUCCACACCCUCCCUGUCGCGCUCCAGCUCCAUCAGUGGGCCGGACAAUGCCGGUCUACACACCUCUAUGCUUUUCCAGGAUGACUCAUCAGACCACUCACUAGGCGCCAUGACCAUGUCCUUGUCGAUGAGCGCAACCAACCUGUACGAGGCUGCAAGGCUGUCUGGAGGCUCCAGCAUCAUAGAGAACCUCCAGUCUCAGCUCAAACUGAGAGAAGGAGAGAUCGCUCAGCUGCAGCUCGAAAUCUCUAGUCUGGAGAGGAGUCGCUCUGUGAUGGCAGAAGAGCUGGUUCGACUCACCAAUCAAAACGAAGAGAUGGAGGACAAGGUGAAUGAGAUCCCCAUGCUGAAAGAUCAACUCAAGGAUCUGGAGCAGAGGCACAACACCAUCCUGCAGAUGUAUGGAGAAAAGGCGGAGGAGGCGGAGGAGCUGAGGCUGGACCUUGAAGAUGUAAAGAACAUGUACAAGGCCCAGAUUGAUGAACUGCUGCAGAACCAGAAAUAAACUGCUUCUUCUGGGAGAAAGAGGCAGUUUAACGUGCUAGAAAAUCAAUUGAUCAUCUUAGCCCGAAAAGCAUUCACAGAUAAAGGGAGGACAGAGAAUUUAAGUUUAAUCUUUCUGGCGAAAGAAAAUGCAUUCAUCUUUAUCUUAUCUUAUUUUAAUUAAUUAUCAUAUUCUCUAUUUAAGUGGGGUGUUGGGAUUAUGCACAACAUACAUUGUGUUAUUACAGAAUCAGUAUGAAGGAUUGACAAACUUUGCUUUUGAUUAUAACUUCUCAUAAUUGAACCCUUGACAUAGUAUUGUAUAGUUUAUAACUGUAGAUGAUGGAGAUGGUGAAGGUAUAUUUGCACUAUACAAAAUCACCCUUGUUUAUCUUUUGAGGCAUAAUCCGAAUGGUUUAAGAAAAGUAUGAACAUUUGUACAGAGAAAUAUAUGUAUUGUUGACUCCUUACAAAAUCACAUGGGGUUUUGACCCGAGAGUAGUCCGUGAUCGAAAGGCUUGAAAAGUGGAUUUUAAAUUAUAUAAAUAUGUAAAUGAAUAAACCUUUAUUUGGGUGGUGAAAGGGUAACUGUCAUGCUUUAUUUAACUUGUGGGAAAUCAUACAUUGAAAUUUAUUGCUAAACAACUCUCAAAUAAAUUUCCAUGUUCUGAACGAUUC